AUGUUAAAAAUAAAUGCCAAUCUUAAAAUUAUUAAAUUCUGUUUAAUUUAUUACAUUCUUUCUCUUCCAUUAUUAAUUUUUCUUUCAUUUCUUUCUUUCUUUCUUUCUUUCUUUCUUUCUUUCUGUUUCUUUAUAGAUUUUUCUUUCAUUUCUUUCUUUUUCUUUCUAUCUUUCUUUCUUUCUUUCUUUCUUUCUUUCUGUUUCUUUAUAAAUUUUUCUUUCUUUUUUCUUUCUUUCUUUCUUUCUUCUUUCUUUCUUUCUUUCUUUCUGUUUCUUUAUAAAUGCUUCUUUCAUUUAUUUCAUUCUUUCUUUCUAUUUCUUAAAAUUCUUUUUUUAUCCUCCUCCGUUCUUCUUUUUAUCUUCCUUCCUUCUGAUUUUUAUUCUCCUCGGUUCUACUUUUUAUCCUCCUCCGUUCAUCUUUUUAUCCUCCUCCUUUCUUCUUUUUAUCUUACUCUGUUCUUCAUUUUGUCCUCCUCCCUCCAUUUUAUUCUCCUUGGUUACACAUUUUUUAUCCUCCGUUCUUCCUUUUACCCUCCUCCCUUCUUCCUUUUACCCUCCUCCCUUCUUCUUUUUAUCCUCCUCCGUUCUUCUUUUUAUCUUCCUAAUUUCUUUUUUUUAUCCUCCUCCCUUCUUUUUAUUCUCCUCGGUUCCACUUUUUAUCCUCCGUUCUUCUUUUUAUCCUCCCCCUUCUUCUUUUUAUCCUCCUCCCUUUUUCUUUUUAUCCUCCUCCCUUCUUCUUUUUAUCUUCCUCUGUUUUUCAUUUUAUCCUCCUCCCUUCUUCUUUUUAUCCUCCCCCUUCUUCUUUUUAUCCUCCUCCCUUCUUCUUUUUAUCUUCCUCUGUUUUUCAUUUUAUCCUCCUCCCUUCUUCUUUUUAUCCUCCCCCUUCUUCUUUUAUCCUCCUCCCUUCUUCUUUUUAUCUUCCUCUGUUUUUUCAUUUUAUCCUCCUCCCUUCUUCUUUUAUCCUCCCCCUUCUUCUUUUUUUAUCCUCCUCCCUUCUUCUUUUUUAUCUUCCUCUGUUUUUCAUUUUAUCCUCCUCCCUUCUUCUUUUUUAUCCUCCCCCUUCUUCUUUUUAUCCUCCUCCCUUCUUCUUUUUAUCUUCCUCUGUUCUUCAUUUUGUCCUCCUCCCUUCUUCUUUUUAUCUUCCUCUGUUCUUCAUUUUGUCCUCCUCCCUUCAUUUUAUUCUCCUCGGUUCCACUUUUUAUCCUCCCCCUUCUUCUUUUUAUCCUCCCCCUUCUUUUUAUCCUCCUCCCUUCUUCUUUUUAUCUUCCUCUGUUCUUCAUUUUGUCCUCCUCCCUUCUUUUUAUUUUCCUCGGUUCCACUUUUUAUCCUCCUCCGUUCUUCUUUUUAUCCUCCUCCCUUCUUCUUUUUAUCUUCCCCCGUUCUUGUUUUUAUACUUUCCCCGCCCAUUAUAUCCAGUCUUAUACCUUACUUUCAUUCUCUGUAGCCUCUUGCCAACUACUAGGGUGA